AUGUCUGUCUUCUCUUUGAACGUCGACAAGACAAACCCCGUCACGGCGGAAGUUCUUGACGAUAGCCUCAACGCGCUGGGCGUUACUCUGAAAAAUGAUGAAAAGGAUGAGUACCAAAAGUUGCUUGCGGUAUUCCACGAAUCUGUUGUCGGAAUCAUGUCUCUUCCUGCGUGGGCGUGGAAAUGUCGCAUUGAGGACCAGCAGAAGAAAGGAGGACUUCUUGUUGGAAAGAAGAUUGCGGUGAAGGACAAUAUAGCCGUAAAGGGUGUUCCGAUGCUUAUGGGCACCGACUUCGUGAAAGAUUACGUCCCUAACACCGAUGCGACUAUCGUUACAAGACUUCUCGAGGCCGGAGCCAUUAUUACUGGCAAGUCAGUCUGCGAGAACAUGUGUCACUCAGCCACAAGUAGCUCAUCAUCAACCGGUCAUGUACACAACCCCUACGCCAAAGGCUACAGCAGUGGAGGAAGCUCGAGCGGCUCUGGAGCUCUGGUAGCCAAUGGCGAUGUUGACAUGGCUCUGGGCGCAGACCAAGGAGGUUCAAUUCGUGUGCCUGCCGGCUGGUGUGGUAUCUACGGUCUCAAGCCUACCUUUGGGCUUGUCCCUUACACGUCUUGUGGCUCUAACGAGCCGACGAAUGAUCACGUCGGGCCCAUGACGCGAACCCUACUCGACAAUGCUCUGAUGCUACAAGCCAUCGCCGGAAAUGACAAUAUCGACGAUCGGUCUUUUGCAGCACCUUCACCAGAUAAAGUCCCCAAUUACUACGACAACCUAGUUGCAUUUCAAAAUCCGGCAGACCUGUCUGGUGUCAAAGUCGGUGUCCUGGUCGAGGGCAUGAACCAACCCUCAGUUGAACCUCGUGUCAAAGCCUGUGUGGAAGCAGCGAUCCAAGGACUACGUGACCUCGGCGCAACCGUCGAAGAAGUCUCAGUACCGUUCCAUUCUCAAGGCGCAGCAGUGUGGACGGCCAUCAGCAAGGCUGGAGGAUAUCUCGCCAAGCGAAAUCUCAACUUUGGUAGAAGAGGCCAUGUGAUGACAGACCUCACCGAGAAGUUCCAAAACCUCACCCAAGAGCAAUGGGACAACGCCUACGUCUCGUCCAAGAACAUAUACCUGAACGGGGUUUACGCGCAAAAGGCGUUUCCCGGUCUGUUGGGGAAGGCAACGAACUUGAGCAGGAAGCUCCGAGACGAUUAUGACGCGGCACUCAAGAAGUAUGACGUGCUGGUUGCGCCCAACCUGCCCUACAUCGCCAACUCGCAUACCCCGUAUGAUGCAUCGCCGCUAGAGAAGAUCGGGAAACAAGUAGGGUUGACUGCGAACACUGCUCCGUUUGAUCAGUCAGGACACCCGGUGCUAGCCAUGCCUAUAGGCAUGCUCACCAUCGAGGAAGGCCCGCUGAAGGGCUCCGGCACCAAGCUGCCGGUGAGCAUGCAGGUCAUUGGGAAAUGGUGGCAUGAAGACGAUGUUUAUCGGGUUGCAUACGCUUGGAGUUUGAAGAAUGACUGGAAGACCAGAUAA